AUGGCGGGGCAGCUCUCGAUUUGGAUAAUGGUGCUGGCGAUCUGUGGUUGUGCGGUGUUCGCCGGCGCGGAUCCUUCCGAUAAAGAGAUAGUCGUGAAGAAGGUGAAGGGGCAGAAGGUCUGCAAGCAAGGAUGGGAGUGUAGUCUCUUCUCGGUCUACUGUUGCAACCAGACGAUUUCGGAUUUCUUCCAGACGUACCAGUUUGAGGAUCUCUUCUCCAAGAGGAACUCGCCGGUGGCCAAGGCCGUGGGGUUUUGGGACUACAGAUCUUUCAUCGUCGCCUCCUCCAUUUAUCAGCCGCUUGGGUUCGGGACUACCGGCGGCAAGCUCAUGCAGAUGAAGGAGGUUGCUGCUUUCCUUGCCCAUGUCGGCUGCAAAACUUCUUGUGGUUAUGGAGUGGCCACAGGCGGACCACUGGCAUGGGGCCUGUGUUACAAUAGGGAAAUGAGUCCCAGCCAAAGUUACUGUGAUGAUUUCUUUAAAUACGAGUACCCAUGUGCUGCUGGAGCAGAAUACUAUGGUCGUGGUGCAAUACCAGUCUACUGGAACUAUAAUUACGGAAAAAUAGGCCAAGCCAUUAAGGUUGACUUGUUGAACCAUCCCGAAUACCUUGAACAAAAUGCGACUCUCGCAUUCCAGGCCGCAAUUUGGUCUUGGAUGACGCCUCCCGAACGCAAAAUACCUUCUGCCCACGAUGUCUUUGUCGGGAACUGGAAACCCACCAAGAACGACACAUUGGCCAAACGUGUAACUGGAUUUGGAACCACCAUGAACGUCAUGUACGGUGAUAUUGUUUGCGGUCAGGGUGAUAUUGAUGCAAUGAACAACAUCGUAUCUCAUUAUCUCUAUUAUCUGGACUUACUGGGUGUUGGUCGGGAGUUGGCUGGACCUCAUGAAGGACUCACCUGUGCCGAACAGGUGCCUUUCACCAAAUCACCAUCUCCUAAAUCAUCCUCUUGA